CCUCGGACCGCGGGACGUCGGUGCCUCGGACCCCGGCACAGCGUCCCCAGCGCCGCCCCCUCCCGCAGCGAUGGGCGAGUGGGGCUUCCUGAGCUCGCUGCUGGACGCCGUGCAGGAGCACUCGCCCAUGGUGGGCCGCUGCUGGCUGCUGGUGAUGCUGCUCUUCCGCGUGCUGGUGCUCGCCACGGUGGGCAGCGACGUCUUCGAGGACGAGCAGGAGGAGUUCGCGUGCAACACGCGGCAGCCGGGCUGCAAACCGGUGUGUUACGACGCGGCCUUUCCGCUCUCGCAUUACCGCUUCCUGGUUUUCCACGUGCUCGCGCUCUCGGCGCCCGCC